UCUGCAGCGAGCUCACUUGGCGACGACUAAUCAAAAAAGGCACACCCGAGGCUCCGACCCCGCAUCCGAGUCCCGGAGCCGAAGGGGCCCAAUUCUGCGGUCUACAACUUCCAUCACGCGUCAGUCAUAUAUAGAUCGAUUUGGCAUCUCAUCUGUUGGGCGCUAAUUCAUCAGACCCCGCGAAAAUGGCGCAAAAGAAGAUCGAAUGUUAUCUUGACUGCGUGUCGCCGUACAGCUACUACGCGUUUAGCUAUCUCCAGGCGAAUAAACAGACUCUAGACAGCUUCGGAGUUGAAAUUGAAUUCAUCCCCGUCUUCCUCGGCGGGAUUAACGUCGGGAGCGGAAACAAACCCCCCUGGACCCUCCCCGCAAAAGCCGCGUACAGCAAGUACGACGGCAAGCGCGCGCAGCGCUACUUUGGCCAUGAUUUUGAGGUUCCGAGCUUUUUUCCGAUCUUGUCGUUGCUUCCCCAACGCGCAUUAACAUACCUCAAAAAAACCCACUCCCAGGAGCUCUUCGAAGCAUCGUUCCAGGCAUGCUUCACCACAAUGUGGUAUGAGCACGUCGACAUCUCUGUCCCCGAGAACCUCGCCCUCGCCCUAUCCAAAGUCUUCAAAGACGAAGCUACCAUCAAAGACAUCAUCGCCGGCGCAAACGCGCCCGAGACGAAGCAAGCCCUGACGGAGACCACGGGGAGAGUUGUGAAGGAUCUCGGUGCGUUUGGAUGUCCGUGGUUCUGGGUCACUGAUGGGAAGGGGAAUCGCGAGCCGUUUUUCGGGAGUGAUCGGUUUCAUUAUAUGUGGGAUUAUCUAGAUGUGCCGCAUCGGGAUUUGGAAUUAUUGCCUGGAAAGAGGGAGGGGAAGCUGUAGUGUAGUGAGCUGAGGGCUUGUCUGAUGGAUUGAGUUUGAGCAUAUCCAGUUAUAAACUUGUCACACAAUAACUUUAUUUGACAUCUAUUGAGAAAGAACUGUGUUGUCUCAGAGUCAUGAUGACACGGGCCAGACCAGCAGACCCGUCCAUCCCACCCGCCCCUCAGG